GCUAGAUGCCUGCUUUUUUCGAACUGUAAAAGCCUUUUGCAAAGAAUGAUUUGUCUGGAGUGUACCGUUAGCCUCGGUCGGUUGGUCACCAAGGCUUCCCCGCACGCUAAGUCAAUAAAAGAACCAAGUGCGAGUCCCAACUCGUACUUUCUCACCUAGCUUGUCACCCAUGCAGUCAGCUUCUUUGACUACAAGUAUCUGACGAUCAUCCCAUUUGGAAACUUUAAACUCUUACAGAAAUUACAAUUCAUACGCAUUAAGUCACCAACCUCAAGCAUUUCAACAUGGCAAUCGAUCUUCAGGAGAAGUACCGCCAGGAACGAGAGGCUCGUCUCAAUGACAAGGGACUUGCUCAGUACUUGGAUACAUCUAGAACAAAAGAUUACAUUUCCCAUGAAGAUCCUUGGGUUGAGGCCGGGACUCCAGUAAAUGUCCCCGUACCAGACGGAGGACACGUCAAGAUUGUGAUAUUUGGUGCUGGAUUCGGUGGCUUGUGUGCUGCUGCACGAGCUCUUACUGAAGGGAGUGCAAGCAGCCCAAAUGAUUUACUCAUCGUUGAUCGUGCUGGAGGAUUUGGAGGAACAUGGUGGCAUAAUCGAUAUCCAGGCUUGAUGUGCGACAUCGAGUCGUAUGUGUAUCUUCCUCUCCUCGAGGAGGUUGGAUACAUGCCCAAGCACAAGUAUUCCAGCGGUGAGGAGAUCAGACAGUACUCUGAGGCCCUCGCCCGCCAUUUUGGUUUCUAUGACCGCGGUAUGUUUCAGAGCGCCGGCAAGUCUCUCACGUGGGAUGAUCAAGCCAAGGUCUGGAGAUGCGUGGUCGUUGCAAAGCCAAAAGGGCAGCCAGAAUUCGAAGUGAAGUUCACAGCUGAUUAUGCUGUUCUCUGCUCUGGUGGACUUACUGAGCCUAAAAUCCCCGAUCUUCCUGGAUUAGAUACGUUCCAGGGCAAGAUGCUUCAUACUGGACGCUGGAAUUACGACAUCACGGGUGGAUCUCCUGCCAACCCUGAACUAAGCAAACUUCAAGGGAAGAAAGUAGCGAUCAUCGGAACUGGCGCAACAGGAAUCCAAGCCGUUCCCGCAACAGCCAAAUACGCUGGAGAGCUCUACGUAUUCCAGCGAACUCCGUCAGCAGUGGACACUCGCGGAAACCGCGCCACAGACCCUCAAGAAUGGAAGACGAAGAUUGCCACAAAUAAAGGAUGGCAGACCGCUCGAGCAAACAAUUUCCAGGCUUUCACGGAAGGAAAAGAUAAUUUGCCAGAGGAAGACAUGGUAAAAGAUGGGUGGACGGAUAUGCCUACUAUUUCUGGAGCUUGGGGGAAUUCGUCGGAGGUUAAGCCAGAGGGUUUGGAAGCUCAUCUUGCGAUGAUGCAUGAGUUAGAUGCUGAGCGAUCUAAUCGAGUGAGGCAGCGAGCACUUGAUCUUGUGAAAGAUCAGGAAACUGCUAAAGCCCUCCAAGCGUGGUACCCAGGCUGGUGCAAACGCCCAACCUACCACGACGAGUACCUCCAGGCCUUCAACCAGCCCAACGUCCAUCUCGUCGACACCGCACCCCACGGAGUAACAGCCUUGACUCCUACUGGCAUCUCCCAUAACGGCAAAGAAUACCCCAUCGAUAUCCUCAUCUGGUCCACCGGCUAUGGCAACCCCCUGAAUCAAUCCCUCGCCGGCAAAGCCGACAUGGCUGUCCUCGGCAAGAAUGGACUCGAUAUGGAAACUCAGUUCAAGACCGGCCAACUGUUCACCCUCCACGGCCUCAUUGCCAUCAACUUCCCCAACCUCUUCGUAACAGGCUUUUCUCAAGCCGGUGUAGGCGUCAACCAAACCCAACGCCUAGACGAGCAGAGUCUCCACAUUGCAUACACGAUUCGUCAAGCGGAGAAGAAGUUGGCUGGUAGAUCUAGCAGUGGUAGAGGUAGUGGUAAUAAAGCUGUUGUCGAGCCGAGUGAGGAGGCGUGUGAGGAGUGGGCGGGGAGGACGGCGAGUAAGGCGCAUAUGCUUGGUGCGAUGGCGGGGUGUACGCCUAGUUAUUUCAAUGCGGAGGGGGAGGUGGAUAAGAUGACUGAUGAGCAGAGGAUGGGGGCGGCGAAGUUGACGAUUUGGGGACAGGGGUAUUUGGCUUAUGCGAGGAUUCUGAAGGAGUGGAGGGAUAAGGGGGCGUUGGAGGGGUUGGUUGUUGAGGGUUGAGGGUGUCUUAGAUGGAGACGGGUUUUAGAUGGCUCAUUUCGGCGAGUGGUGGGAUCAUUGCUGGUCUAAAUAUGAGUGGAUUUUUUGUUAAACUUGCUACUCUUAUCACAUUGCUUAACAUAUUCACUUCCAAAUUGCUACUACCGCCGCCAUAUGGCUGGUCUGAUAUAAAACCCAAACCACGUUGCAGAAUUUAAUAGUAACCAAAUCA